GUGCUAGUAGGUUACAUAACGAAGCGUAUCAUUUUUAUGUCUGCCCAAGAGUUCUCUCUCCCCUCUGACAUCUGUUCACCUCCCUCAAAACUAAGAAGUAAAUCCGCCCACUUUGAUAACUACCAAUUUUAAAAUGUUUCCCCUCAAGUCUUCCACCUUCCUACUUCUCCUCUUCCUCUGUGUCGAAUGGACCCGCGCGAAGAUCGAGUUGAUACUAUCCGAUCUCGGCGCAGACAAGUGCAACUCCGAACAGGUGAAAGCCCUGGAUGAUAAGUUCUACGGGGCAGCUUGUGGGGGGGAAAAUGUGCUGCCCUCCGUCGAGUGGUUUCAAAGGAACAGCGAAACGAAGUCCUACGCGGUGACCGUCACUAGCAUGGUUAGCUCCAGGGUGGUGACGCACUUCUUGGCAUGGAACAUACCCUCACAUGUUAAUUUGAUUAAUCACUCCACGAGCUUCGACGAGCUGGAGGCAACCGUCGGGUUGAAUUCGCUUGGCGAGGCCAAGUACGCGGGGCCGUGUGCCUCGGCCAUGGCAGAAGAGAGCAGCUGUUUGUUGUUUACGCUCUACGCGCUAAAAUCGGACCACAUAGAGCUGUCUGAAGACGCGGACUAUUUCGAGCUGAUGGCCUACCUCAAAAGCAUGAGUCGAGAGGAGAAGGGGCUCCUCGACCGGCUGUCCUUGUACGCCAUGACCAUCCCGAAGCGGAGGGUUUCAAGUUGAAUGGUAGCGGGUGGUUCGUCGCCUCCAUUUGGCUAAGCCCCGUUCGAGGGGAGGUCCCAUUUUCGCAUAAGUGCACACAGCAUCCCUCUACACUUUGCUGCUUUCGAAGCGUGACAGGAGCUGCGAACCGUUUUGUUUUCCCUACAUGAGGUGCCAGAAAAGGGCAAAGAUGACCCUUCUGCGAGGAUUUAAAAAGGAAAAUCCCAGUAGGGUUUACUCCCUGUGCAUGU